AUGCAACAUCGCACACAAGAAAACUUCGACGAAGCCAUUUUAGUUUAUCAAAGUGCAAUGGAUCAGCCUGUGGCAAAUCCUCAGAAGCGGUUUGAAUGUGCUGAAGCGCACAUGCGAUUUUUGACGGAUAACCCUCAAUUCUGUACCCUUGCUGCGUCGCUUUCCGCGCAUUCGCGCGUCGUGGACGCACUCCCCGAACUUGUCUGGUUCGGUCACAGUGUUCAGCGUCGAUUCGAAGACUCUGCUCAGGUUGGGAAGCUCGUCAAUUCGGCCGUGUACGUUGCUAUCGAGAGCGGGGAACUCAGGCAAGCUGUGCGGUGGCUUGAAGCUGGCAGGAGCCUCAUCUGGACACAGAUCGCAUCCUUACUAGGCCCCAUGGACGAUCUCGAGGAAUGCCAUCCUGAUGCUGCAAACGAGUUGCGCGAAGCUCGACAGAGACUACAGCAACUUGGCACAGCCGCUCAGAUCGGUAUGCACGCGCCGACCGCCGUCGUUCGGCGUCCUGCACACAGUGACCCCACGACUCCCCGUCACUAUGUCCUCCCUAUCGAAACGGCUUCGGACCACUAUCAGCGAGCGGCUAUCGGCUAUGAUGCACUUUUAAAGAAGAUCCGCUCUUUAGCUGGGUUCCAAGACUUCAUGCGGCCCAAACAGUUAACGGAUCUCGUUGCGUCACCCGCAUUCCGCCGCUUGAGUGCAACCGCCGUUGUUUUCAUCAAUGUUGCCGAGGCAUCUUGCGACGCUCUCGCCCUUUCCAAAGAUGGCUCUGUGAAACUCGUUCAGCUUCCAGCUCUCUCACUGAAGCGCGCGGAGAAGUUACGCUCGUUAUGGACCGUGCAUGUUGGCCUUCGCAGAGGUCACAGACGCGGAGAGAUGCCUCGAGCUGUCGUGCGGAACAGACACAUACACUCGAUCUACGUUCGCAUACUGAGUCUGCUGUGGUCAUGGGUCGUACAUCCGAUCCUACAAGAACUGGGUCUUAUCACAGAACCGUCAGGGGAACCAUCAUCACACAUCGUCUGGUGCCCCACGGGACCUCUCACUCAGCUACCGUUGCAUGCGGCAGGGAAUUACAACCAAAGGGAGCCACGUCUCCGAGUCUUCGACUUCGUCAUGUCGUCGUACACUCCAUCCCUCUCGGCGCUGCUCAGAUGCCUGGGAAAGGACGUAUCCGGGACUCUUCCAAGAAUGUUGGUCGUCGCACAAUCUUAUACUCCUCGUCUCGGGUCGGCGCCUCUGCCAUGUGUACGCGAUGAGACUAAUCGUCUUCGCGCGAUCAUGCCUGGAGAAGGCCACGAGUUCUUCGAGGACGAGCAGGCAUCGGUCGAACCCACGCUCGCCGCAAUUAAGCAGCACAGCUGGGUGCAUUUCGCAUGCCACGGCUCGCAAAACGCGAAGGAUCCGACUCUGACCGCGAUCGAGCUGCACGACAAACCUCUCACGCUGGGGACGCUGAUACACAACGUCUCCGAGAACGCGGAGCUGGCAUUUCUUUCAGCGUGCGAAACGGCCGUGGGCGACGAGAAGAUACCGGAGGAGUCGGCGCAUCUGGCGGCAGGGAUGUUGGCGGUCGGGUUCAAGGGGGUAGUGGCGACUAUGUGGUCGAUUCAGGACCAGGACGCCCCGAUCAUCGUCGAGGCGUUCUACAAGAAGUUGCUUGAGCUACGCGCGUCUGGGGAUAUGCCGUUGGGACAUACCGGCGCGGCGCGUGCUCUGCAUCAUGCGACAAUGGUGCUGAAGGAUAAGGUCGGCGAGGGCAACUUUGAGCGAUGGGUUCCGUUUGUACAUUUCGGCGUCUAG